UCUCUGGCUGUGCCUCUCCGCGCCCGCCCACCCUCAAAAACGGUCUUCCUCUCCACCUGCAAAAAUGCAUCUUUCCCACUAUCUCUCUCUCUCUCUCUCUCUCUCUCUCUAAGUUCUCUCUUUCUCUCUCUCAAAGGUCUCUCUUUCUCUUUCCACUAUCCUCUGUUUACUCUUUUUUCUCUCCACUACUCUUUCUCUUUUUACAAGUCUCCUCUUUGAAUAUCUGAUUCUCACUCUACAAAUCUCUUCCUGCCUGCAAAUGAAGGGGAUUGCAGAGAAGUUUUAGAGAGAAAAACUAUACACCAAAAAAAGAGAGAAGCUAUAUGUUUGUUGGCGGGGUGGUGAGAUAGAGAGAGAAGGAGAUGGGGUGUUGCUGGUCAGGGGUGGUGGUGGGGGAGAGAGGAGAUGAGGCAGUAAGUCGGUGCAAGGCGCGGCGCCGCCACAUGAAGCAGCUGGUCCACAACCGCCAUGCUUUUUCAGCCGCCCAUGCCUCUUACAUCCAUUCCCUCCGCUCCACAGGCUCCACCCUCCUCCACUUCGCCACCAACGAAGAUGUCCACCAACAAAUAUACCACCGCAACCCACUUCUUUCGCCAUCGCCACCACCACCACCUCCUCCUCCUCCACCACCUCCGAUGAGCCCUACCGCCACUGUCACAACUUCGUCUUCGGCCGAAACCACGUGGACUUCUCUCACUCUUCCUCCUCCUCCCCCUCCUCCCCCUUCAGGUGGUUGGGACUUUUGGGAUCCUUUUAAGCCUUCUUCUUCUAGUAGACCCCCCCCUCGCGAAGAAGAUGAAGAGACGGAUUGGGAGAAUGCGACCACUGUCACCACCACUACCAACUCUGCGGCUGCAGUUCCUCUGCCGCCUCCUCCCCCACCAGACUAUGACGCUGAUACGUCUCUUUCUGGAGGCACAAAGUCGUCGACUGUUCCUCCCCCACCUUCUUCGGUGGUGAGCUGUUCUACCUAUUCCAAGGGGACGAGUGAUCUCGCGGUUGUUGUCUCGAGGAGUAGCAAGGACCUGGCACAGAUUGUGAAGGAUCUUGAUGACUAUUUCCUGCAGGCAGCGAAUUGUGGUGGCCAUGUUUCUAUGCUCCUUGAGGUUCCCAAUGCCCCUAUCUUCAAUCUCUCCAAGCAUAAAACAAACAGGGUUUACCAUUCUGCGAGAGGGCUGUUGUCGUGGGGUUAUUCAUUGGAGGCAAAACCGCUGAGCGGCUAUGAGAGGUAUGUGGAUGAGAUAAGUGGUGGAGUCUGCGUAGGUGCUAGUGGUAGCCAUUGUUGUACGGUCGAGAAGCUCUACGCUUGGGAAAAGAAGCUUUACCAGGAGGUGAAGAACUGGGAGUGCAUGAAGAAAGAGCAGGACAAGAAGGUUGGGGCAUUGAGGAAAUGGGAGGCUAAGGGGAUGGUAAACUAUGCAAAGGUUGAGAAGAGGAGGAAAGAGACAGAAAGUUUGGAGUCAAGAAUGAUGGUUGCCUCUCAAGCCAUGGAGACAACUGCUGCUGAGAUCCUAAGGCUCAGGGAUUCAGAGCUCUAUCACCAGCUCCUUCAUCUGCUUAAAGGAUUGAUGCAGAUGUGGAGGAGCAUAUACGAGUGCCACCAAGUCCAAACCCACAUUGUCGAACAGCUCAAGUACCUCCAUGCUUCCCCAUCAACGUCCCCCCAACCCACCUCCCCUUCUCACCGACAAGCGACACUCCAACUUGAAGUACAAGUCCAAAAAUGGCACUCCUCCUUUUGCACCCUUGUCCAAACCCACCGUGACUACAUUCAUUCUCUCUCCUCUUGGGUUGGUCUCACUCUCUCCUCCUCUGACCCUCGUCAUACGUUGCACCAGAAACUCCAUCAAGACCCCCCGAUUCGAUCCCUUUGUGAAGAGUGGCAACUUGCUCUCGAUAGACUCCCUGAUAGAGUGGCAUCAGAGGGUAUAAAGAGCUUCUUAGCGGUCGUUCAGGCGAUAUCUCUACAACAAGGUGAAGAACAUCGUCAAAAGAAGAGGUUGGAAUCUGCGUCAAAGGCCUUAGAGAAGAAGGUGUGUGCAUUAAGGGCAUUGGAGUGCAAGUAUGGGCCUUAUGAUGCUCAUGGUUUGGGGUUAGAAAGAGUGGCGGAGAAGAGGGCGAAAGCUGAGGCAUUGAGGUGUAGAAUGGAAGAGGAGAAGGAUAAGUACGAUAAGUGUGUCAGGGUGACAAGGGCCAUGACUGUCAACAAUUUGCAGACUGGGUUUCCUAAUGUUUUUCAGGCGGUUACAGGAUUUUCGGGAGUGUGCAUGCAGGCGCUGGAGGCAGUUCAUAACCAGUGCGGAAGUGGAGGGAGGAGGCUCUUGGAUUAUAGGGCUGGGGAUGUAAAGAUGCUCACGUGAUCUCUCUGUUGAUUGAUUGUUAGUUUUGGGGGAUGGGGGAUGUCAAGCAAGAUGAUCAUGGCAUGGCCUGGAAUCCGAGUGUACAAAUUAUAAUCAGUUUAUUCUCUGGUUGUGUCCAUCGUUGAGUUUCCAGCUGAUUAAAUAUUUCUUUGUACUUUAUGGAUAUAUACAUGGGCAAAGUAUCAAUCUGGUCUGGGUGGGGCACUAGGGAGAAACUGUGGCGCCUCCUUGGAUGACUUGAGCGCCUACUUAUAGGCCACCAAGGAAGGUGGCUGAAGCCCAGAGAGGCAGGGCUUGGGGUGCGAACAGAUUGGGUUGUCGGUCGGCCAGGUUCCCCAUCUGGGGUCAGUGAUCCGGGUUGGAAAUGGUCGGAUUUUACUAAUUAAGCCAUAGUUAAGGGUAGAUACAUGCAGUAAGAAUAAAGGGAAUUCUAUUUCUAAUGAGAAUGUAGGUAAGUGUUCUAGAAAGAAAUGGAGUUGAGUAGAAAAAUUAUAUGGGAUUUUAGGGUGAUAUUGAGAAAUUUUAGGAGGAUUUUAUUGCAGUAUGAU